CCCACCUCCCCUCCCUCCCUCCCCCGUCAGAGUCUCCUCGCCACGCGCGCACCGCGGCUCGGCGUGACACACGCUCGGACGUGACGCCAGCCGAGCGAGCCAAGCACUUCUGAUGACAUUCGCUGCCGCGUCGGUUCAGUCCGGAGCCCGACCGAGCCGAGCGUCUGCCACUCACACCGGCGCUCUUCUCUCGCUGCGCUUCCAUGCGGAGAAAAGUGUCACACAUCUGGAUCGGCACGCUUUAACCCACCGGCUCGUUCCGCUCGGGGUCCGCGGCGUGAUGCGUGAGGAUUUGUGGCUCGGCUGCGCGUGAGUGAUGAACACACAACGGGGACUCUUGAUCUUUGCGUAAACCCAGAUGCCUCCCCUCCCUCUUGACGAGCGCAUAGUGGUCAUUCAGCGCCCCAAAAACGUGUGUGAGGCUUCCCCACAAACCAUCCCACAGCAUUCCUCUCAAAUAUCAACCUCUACCAAUGGACGGGUUCUCCAGCCUUCGCAUCUCCACGCCUCUCAUUCCCGUUUUUACUCACCCGCGUGUAAAUCUGUGAAUGUGGAAUGCAAGCGCAGGUCAUCCCGGGUGCAGAGAUUCAAAGGCGACCAGCCUGUCAUCCCAGCAGAUGUCCUCCACAUCCCGAGCCACUGCCAUAGCAAUGGCACAGUAACACUAGCCCCACGGCUUCCCUCCCACACACAUACUAUUGAUAUCAAGGUAUCGGUGGACAAAAGGAGAUGGGGAGAAUUAAGUAGCUCAUUAGGGCGCGCUGGAAGUGUAAAAGGUAGCAGAGGGAAAUGCGUCUCUUCCCAGUUUGAUCAAGGACAAUGUGAGAGAAAAACCGGAAGCUUUGGGAGGCCCUGUGGAUUUGAGCAUAAGCCACAACAAGUCCGUCAGCUGUCGUCGUCCCCUGGAGGGAUCCUCCAGUUUGUCCCUGCUCAGGCAAAUCAGCAUACAUUCAGGGGUGAAAAGGAGAAAGAAAACUCCAGUUUUCAUUACAGAGGUGACCAGGAAUUUCCCUCUUUGGGUCACAGGAAAAGUUCCAAGCUGGGAACUGUUCAUCAAAGCCAUAAUAGCCACAGUCUGCCCUACCACCACCACUCUGUUCCUGUUCCCCAUGCUGCCAUCCUAAACUCCACCUAUCCUUCGUCUCCCCCAUCCCAAACCACUCAUGUCCCAGUCUCCUUUCAGCAGCUUAACCAACCUCACCCUCCUCGCACAAGGGAUCACCGCCCUCACAUUCUUCACGGUCUUCCGCUGUCCCCUUGCUCCUCCCGUGUCGGAGGGUUUCCUAGUCCAGACCACACUUGUACCAUUGACUGUACGCACCCAUUCAACUGUGGCUGCUGGAGGUUGGUAAGAUGCACAGGAUGUAAAGGAGACUCUUCCAGUUACCAAGGAGGUGGAGGAAGCACUUCUACCUCAUUUUCCUGUGGCCACAAUGUCGGCGCAGUGAAGAGAGGAAGUAAAGACAUGGGUCUGAAGAAUCUGGGUGGCUGUCUCUCCACAGCUUCCACAUCAAACACUUCCUCAUCUAACAGCACUGCUUCUGGUUGUCGAGCAGCUCUGUUCAAACCUCUACCUUGUGCCUCCUGCGGCGGAGAGGCUGGAAACUUUGAGAGUCCUGCUAUCCUUCGGAAGAAGCUAGUAGGAGGAUGCCUUCCCUGUACUUCUCUGUCAUCUUCAACCCCAUUGCGGGCGAUCCAAAGCUGUGUGUCUGGUUGCAACAACAAAGCAUCUCAGACUGGCAGUUCUUCCUGCAGCUACUGCAGCAGCGACCCAAUAGUGGUGACGUUCAACCCUCGCCGGGGGAAACCUCCUGGAAGAGGCUUAGGACCGACUCACCCAAUGGCUAUGCUACAAGCUGAUGAUGAUGACUACAGCGUGCGCACCAUCUGGCCUGACGAACUGGCCAAGAAAAUGACCCAUUCUAAAGCUCAAAAGAACAACUAUGCUGGGAUGGGUGUUGGGAAAAGCUGUUCUAGCCAGACCCAGAAUGGCAGUAACGGACCCGGCCUUGCCCUCUUGGACUGUCAGAAUCUUCAGGAAUACGCUCAGACUAAUUUCACAGACCAUGCUGGCCGACGACGACUUCAGCAAGGCAAAAUGGCUGCCCUUGGUUUUGUAGGCAGUAGGUUGGGAUCUAGCUACGAUGAUGGCCGUAACUCAUUGAAGAGGCUCUUGAAUAAAGCAGAAGAUGUUGGAAUGAGCGACAGUCCUGAGCAUGGCCAAGUGUAUCCACGAUCGCCCUCUCCCCGCUCCGUGUCUCCGCCAUCACCCGUGUCCUUUUCCCCUCCCCCGUCAGCCCCCAGCACACUCAUCAAACCCAAACCCUGGCAGAGAGAAAGGGAGGGAGGACACUCUCUGCCGUCGGCUCAGUCCCUUCACCUGGCCCUGAACUCCCUUAACAGAGAGCAAGAUGAGGAGAACAACCGAAUGAGGCUGUCUUUGCCACUCUCCUCAUCGUUGCCUGCUUCCCUGUCCGAUGAAACUGUGAUGACUCCCGAUGCGGAGAACGCUGUCAUCAGCCCAAUCCUGCCCUUCCUGUUCCUGGGGAACGAGAGAGACGCCCAGGACCUGGACCUGCUGCUACGCCUCAACAUUGGCUAUGUGGUAAAUGUGACCACACACCUGCCCCUCUACCACACCAACGUGGGACUGCACUACAAAAGGCUCCCAGCCACUGACAACAGCAAGCAAAACCUUCGGCAGUAUUUCGAGGAGGUUUUUGAGUUUAUUGAGGAGGCAUAUCAGAGUGGACAGGGUGUGUUGGUUCACUGCCAGGCAGGUGUGUCCCGUUCUGCAACCAUCGUCAUCGCCUACCUUAUGAAGCACACCCUCAUGACAAUGACGGACGCCUACAAGUACGUGCGGAGCCGUCGGCCCGUGGUUUCGCCCAACCUGAACUUCAUGGGUCAGCUCUUGGAGUUUGAGAGGGACCUCAACUCCGGGGUGACUCCUCGGAUCUUGAUGCCUAAACUAAAUGGUGUGGAGACGCAGGUUUGAAGGGGGGAGUCAAGGGUCAGGACUGGGUAGCAUUAAAGGGCAUUAAAAAGAAAAAGAAUGCAGCACAUUUUUAGAGCGACAGGUUGAGAGAGAAUACCGGAGAAUCUUGGUGGGUUUGGUAAAUAGUGCACUUUCAAUACUGUGAAACAUGAGACAGAGGACUGAAGGGUUCAUUUGUUUAAUUGUUAGACAAUUUGAUCCCCAUCCAGUGUACUGUUUAUAAGAUAACGUGCCAAUAUUUUGUACAGCUCCGACAUAAUUCAGAUAUCUUUUUUUAAAAUCUAAUACCUCUUCCUUUUUGUUCCUGUUUACAGUCAACGUUCAUGCAAGAAGAGUGACUUUCUUGCCCGAAAUCAUAAAUGCAUGCAGAACCUGAAUGCAACAUGGAAAGGGUUCAUUGUUAAUCAUUCUUCUACAACAGCUCUUUACUACUUUCCACCACAUGUAGCAGCGCAAUGCACUUUACUGUCCAUUCAUUUGUUAUCAGAAAGAUGAGCUAGAAGCUCAAUUACUCUUUUUAAAUCAUUAACUUUGCUUUCAUUUAAUCAGUUUCAUUUGUUUUUUAGUUUAAACUGUGGAACAUUGAGGUGUGGACCUAGAAAGGAAAGGUUUUGUUUUUUUUGCCAUUUCAGAGGUUAAAUCUUGCAAACUCGAGUUUAAAUGGUGCAUUAACAUGUAAUGUCAAUGCAAACAUUUAGAAAUGCAGGUUUUACAAUUGUAUAAACGCAUUUAUUCCACUACAAUAGCAUUUCCUAGCAAACAGCUGAGUAGAUGGUUGGGUUGAUGUCAUGGGUCAUGUCAAUGUUCUUUUAAAUCUUCUCAAAUUUUGAAACCUAAUUUCUUUUUUUUCUUUCUAUAUUAUGUUCUAUUUCUGUGUUUCCUGCUUAGUUUAAUAUGUAGCAUGAAACAGACCUGCAGUCUUUUCUAGAAAUCAAAAGAACACAUGGGCGACAUUAAGGUCCUGCAAAAAUUUUUGGGUCAUAAAAUUGUUUCUGCAUUUAAAAAAAAAAAAACUGCCCCGCUGCAGUUUGUGAUAUCACAUUCACUCGCUCAUUUGAAGUAGCACAGUGUUGUUAAAGAUGUUUUAAAAAGUCUUCAAAUCCAUUUGUUUUUAUUGCAAUACCGUAGUUCCACACUGGAACAUUUGGAAAAACCCAACCUUUAAUUUGAAAACAUUUAUUCUAAUGGGGAGAAAGGUUUUGGAGACUUUAACGUAAAUUCUUUCAGAGUUAGUGGUCCUCCAGUAAAACUGGUGCCGAGUUAUUAUUUUUUUCUUUGUUAAUCAUUUCUGAUGGAAGUGUGGCACUUCUGUUGUGCCCAAUAAAGCUCAAGUAAAGUUUAGCAAUCCCACCAUUUUAGUGUUUGUCCCAAACAACCUGUUUGCAUCCAGAUGAUGAUGAAAUCAUUACUGAUUCCUAAUUAGGAGAUCCAAAAAAAAAAAACUCCUAAAAAUGAAAGGACUACUUACAAAAUGCUUCAAGUCACAUUUAUGCUAAAUGUGUCCUUAGAGGCACUAAUAACUGUUUUAAAACCAAUUAUUUCUUAACAUGGGACUAAACUAUAUUCACAAUGUUUCAUAUACAUUUUUUUGAUUGUCAGAAAUUGCUACUGUAAUAAAAGCUGAAUGUUUUGAGCAUUUUUUACAUGGCAGUAGAUGUGGAUGCCGAUGCAUUUUAAGUUAUUUGCAGUCUUCAUGCCAAAAAUCUUCGAAUUACUUUCACACCAUUAACCAUCAUCAGCCCUAAUAUUAUUAUUACUGAGCUCGACUCAUGUGGCUUACUGACCUUCUCCGUUACUAUGCAUUGUGUUGAUAACAAGGAGUUUGGUUUGAAAAUGUUUCUUGAUUCACUGUGAACUAUUUUCCAGAGUGGUUCAGACUCCGCGAGAGAGAAUAUAAUCGGUUACAGGAGGAUUACAUUCAGUUUAAUUAGCUCACUAUAACUCAAUUUAAAAAAAACAACUGGUUAUUCGACAAGUAGAUGAUGAAUUGAAGUGCUGUAGUUCCAACGGAUCUUCAGCUAGCAGGACUUAAAACAUUGUAUUUAACUGGAUGUAAUCUCUUUUUAUUUGUUGGUGUGGAUUUCUCCAAAAUAAAAUCAUGUUUGUGUCUUUAACAGCAGUGCACACAGAACAUUGCCUUGCAAAAGUAUUCAUUUAAUUCGAGAUGCUAAUGUAUGUUAGAGGAGUUUUAUUAAACACACCAACACAAAGUAGUGUAGCUCUGAUUUUUUUUAUUUAGAGGCAUCAGAGUCGAGGGGGCUAAACACAUCUAUAGGACACGCUUUUCAGAUUUUUUUUUUUUUCUUAAUCCAUCCAUUAAAAAUCCAAUUGAGGUUUAUGGAUGUGUGAGCAAAUGUGGGGUAUGAAUACUUGCAAGGCAUUGUAAUUUGGCAUCAUCCAAUGGUCCAAACUUUCACUGGAAGUGAACUCGGUUAUUGAUGCUCCACCUGACAAACCUAAACGCAGCAGCUUUAGUUUUUGUUGACGGCGGCGGAGGGCUAGGUAUGCAGUUUUUUGACGCAUUUCUUCACAAAUGACUUGAAAGUCCAGACAGUAGCAAAGUAUGUGUAUGUGACAGAUCAAAAAGCAGUAGUACAGCAGAAUCCUCUGUUCUUCUCAAGUAUUCAACUCUGACUGCAGUUAACCCUUUUCUUUCUUGAGCUGUGAUUAACGUAAGGCCUGGCUCCAGUUGUCUGAAAAAACCAAAAUGCCUUUAGUUUGUGUAAACUGGUACACAGCUGCUGUGGAAACUGGGUGAACAAAUCCCGAAUUUUACUUUUACUCUGACUGAUCGACUUUAUUAUAGUUCUUAUAUUUUUCUACAGUCAUAUUUCUUUUCUUUCUUUUUCUUUUUUUGUUACAUUGCUUGUACUUUUUUUUUUUUAAACAUGAAGGUCUACGUGGACAGAAUGACUUCCUCCAACUCUGCCAUGACAGUUUGGAUGUUGGCGAACGAGGGUCAACAUGACGCUCUCGUGUUUUGCUCAUUUCUUUUCUUUUUUCUUUUUUUUUUUGUUUUUACGUCUCGCCUUCUUUCAGCUGGAGAAACGCCAGCCCAACCACUCCUCCCGUCUCUGCAGCUCAGCUCACCUUGAAAAGAGAAAAAGAGAGAGAGAGGCGGCUCACUCGCUGGCUUGCUGUUGCUACCAGAUUUUUGUAUGAACUCUAUAUGCAAAAUGGCUGCCGAAGCAAUUACUUUAAUGUCACACUGUGUGAAUUUGCUGCGCAGCGGGGUCGUUGCUGACCUCAAGAGCAACUCUCUGGAGGAAAUUCUUUAAUUUAUGGGAACUGAAGGGCCUCUUUUCGUGUGUGUGAGUGAGUGUCUAUAUUGUUUGUUGCUCUUGGACACAAAAAAAAAAAAAAUCGGGUUAUUUCUUGCUGUGCAUCUGGGAACGUUGUAUAUCUUCGCUUACUUCCGGGAACUCAAGUUAUCCCUGUUUUGGAAACUUACUUUCAAACAUUGUGGAAUAGUUUUCUGUACCAAAUUCUGAAUUUGAAGUUAUUUAUGGUUCAGCUGACGAAGAGAAAUCAAAACAGAGCACCACCCUUCCUCCAUCCUGAUGGGAGGCCAAGAACUCUUCAGGUACGACGUCGUCAUAGUAACGCUGUCCUGUUUCUCCAGCCCGCCUCCAACCAGAGACCCAGAAACUCAUGUAAACUUCCCUCUAGCGCUGCCUCCUCCUUCUCCCUCUGCCCCUUUUUUUCUUAAUGGACUGUACCUCUUUAACCAAUUGUAACAUUUUUCAUAUUGUAGCAUCUGGUCCUUGUAUUUAGGCAUUUUUUACCUCCAUGUACCGACUAUACUCUUCAAAAUCCUUCUGAGGUGCACUGUGACAAACACGAUGCUGCGACAUCAAGACUGAGUAUGUUGGUUACAUUUAAGCAGAUGGGCUGGUGACGGGGAGUCCUGCUUUAUUUGUUUCAGUUGGAAUCCAUGUGCUGCCGCUAACGUUUUCCAGCUUGAAAUGCACAAACGCGGGAUCUGUAGCUGUCCACGGUGGUCUUCCUCUGCGAGUAUUAUAGAAAAGAAAGCGAAGUGUAGCUGUUGUGUUGCUUUCUUUUCUGCAGCACUAGUGAUUCUGGCCAAUAUUCUCUCUAACCGGUGAUAGAUUUAUGACUGAAUGUCCUCGCUAAGCCCAACAUGUGAUACAAUUAUUUAGACUUUUAAUACAAUUUGUUUUGUUUUAAUAUAUAGGCAUUCAAAUACUGUUGAGCCAUUCAUGCGGAUACUGAGAUUUUGAGAAGAUUUGUAUGACAUGUUGCAAAGGAUAAUAAAGAUGCAGAUGUGUGUGUGUG